GUUCUGAAGCUGCUGUCUAUCUCCUAUCGACUGAUUGAGUCUUGGGAGUUCCCCAGUCGUUCUCUGUCUGUAGGUCCUGCUGCCAGGAACCAGAUUUCACCCAAACUGUCUGAACUGAAGACCGGGAUCCUGCUGCUCAUCGGGGCCAAUCAGGACGGAGCAGAGAUGUUCCCUGACAGCUCCACCCUCCAACUGGCUCCGUACGGAAACUAUUACCAAAGUCUUGGAGCCGAUGAGUCGCUGAGACGAACCUACGAACUGCUGGCCUGCUUCAAAAAAGACAUGCAUAAGGUGGAGACCUACCUGACGGUGGCAAAAUGUCGACUCUCUCCAGAGGCCAACUGCACCUUGUAGCCACGCCUCUGCACUGUGAAGCCACGCCUCCUGUUGAUGAUGUAAUCUUAUGUGUUCUGUAGCUCCACCUCCAUACUCUCUGACUCUGUUAACUAGCAUUAGCACUAGCAUUAGGGUUAGUCCCUGUUUGGUAGUCAAGGGUUUUGGUGCUAAAGUCCAGAGUUGAAGGUUUUCGGAUAUUAUGAUGUAAGCUGUGAACAGGAAGUGAUGUCAUUAUAAAGCCUGUGCUGUGUUGCAUUCA